GCGAAGCAAUCAGUCAUUAUUGCUACAAAUAUUGCAGAUUUUAACAAAUGUUUUUAGAAAUACAAAUUUUGUUUGUGGUUAUUCUUCAGUGUUUCAUGCUAGUGGCUCAUUGUGAUCCUUUGAUUGUCAAGACAUCACAUGGCAUAUUGAAAGGUGUUGUUCAAUACACAUUUUAUAAAAACAAAACUUACUACGCAUACAAGGGAAUUCCAUAUGCACAGCCACCGGUGGGAGAGCUAAGAUUUAGGGAACCGGUUCCAAUGAAGCCCUGGCCAGGAAUUCGAACAUUGUCUGAGAAAUAUGGAAAUCCUUGCUACGCAUUUAAUUUACGUCCCUCGUCUCUUGCAAUGAGUGAAGACUGCCUUUUCCUGAAUAUAUUCACACCCGCGCUGGGCAAAAAGAAGAAAUCAGCCAAAUUGGCCGUGAUGUUAUUUAUCCAUGGAGGUGGUUUCUAUCAGUACGACGGAAGUGAUUUUUUGUUUGGUCCUGAUUUCUUAAUCAAACAAAAAGUGAUUCUGGUCACCAUCAAUUAUCGCUUGGGUCCGCUUGGUUUUUUUAACUUCGAAGAGCGUGGGUAUAAUGGGAACAUGGGAUUCAAAGACCAGCUCUUAGCUUUGACAUGGGUUAAAAAAAACAUUAGGAAUUUCGGUGGUGAUCCCAAUUUGAUUACAGUUUUCGGAGAAAGUGCCGGCGGAGUUUCUGCACAUUUACUCGUACUAAAUCCCAAGGCAAGAUCGAAUAUUAAACGUGCUAUACUGAUGAGCGGCAAUGCAUUCAGUUCAUUUGCAUUUGUCAAGGGCAAUAACCAGCUGGAUAUGAUGAGGCGAAUAUAUCAAAAUGAAUUGGGCAAUAACACAAGUGGCGCGAAAAUGUUGCAAUUUUUUAAAAAUUCCUCAAUCGAUUUGCUUGUUAAAAAAACUCCAUUUUUACCUCCUACUUAUUCCAUCACUUCGUAUUGGGCUGCAGUUGUUGAAGAUGUAAAGAAAGCAAUAAAACCAUUUUUAUGGCAAGGACCUCGGAAAACUUACAAAAAAGACAAGAUACACGUUGAAUUAAUGUGUGGUGAUACAAGCGCGGAAUAUUUGGUAUUUUUGACCAAUGUAUUUGGUUGGGUUAAUCCAUUGAAUACCCACUUUGACGUUGGACUAGAUAUUUUCCCCGGAUUAGAUAUACCGACCAAUUCCACGGCAUAUGAAAUUCAACAAAAUAAAAUACGUAAUUUUUAUUUUGGUUCUGGUGCAAUUUCUCGAACAAUCGAAUCUUUUACGCAAUACGUUCAAAUGAUGUCGCAUUUAAUUCUGGUUCAUUCGAGCUAUGAAACAAUGAUGUUGCAUCGUCAUCAUGCAAAAACAAUUUGCUAUGAAACUGAUUUGAAUACGACACUGAAUGUAAUCAAACUGGUCCUUGGUUUUGGACCUUUUGAAGGAAUGGGUCACGCUGAGGAUAUCCCGUAUUGCUUCUUGUCAAACGUGUUUCGCAGUGUUUUAAAUUCGAUUUAUACGCCUCCAAGGAAUGAGCAAGUAAUCAAAAUUCUGAACUUUUUACCAAAAGUCUAUGCAGAUUUUGCGAAAACCGGAUCGGUGGGUAGAUUUAAGCCAGUCACCCGUAAAUACAACCAAUGUAUAGGCAUAAAAAACGAUGGCUUAGAAUCUAUUGAAGGACCACGCACACCACAAAAUGAAUUCUGGAGCCAAAUUCGUAAAUCCGUUCAACCAUGGAUUAAAAAGGGUUUUUAGAACAAACUCUUCCAACCAAAUAAAAGGCUAUUCAAUUUUAUCGGAAUGAAACAGAAGUCUAUCGU